AUGGAAGAUGGAGGUGCCUCUAUUAUUCAAUACUGUGAACAACGUGCAUUCCCUGGGUUUAACAACAACUUAGUCGUUAAUGAGGCCGGUGAAGAUGUGGAGGCUGAACUUUUGAAUUGUCGGUAUAUCUUACCUCCACAGAGUGCCUUCUACAUGUCUGAUCUGGGGAAGAUUUACAAUCUAAUUCCUGAGGCCCUAGAAUGUUGGGCCGUGGAACUGGAACAGAGACAGGAUGGCUUGUUCUUCCAUAAGGGUUGGCCUGGUUUUGUGAAGGAUCAUUUUAUAGAACUUGAGGACUUUCUGAUUUUCUGUUAUGAUGGUGGCUCAGAGUUUGAUGUCACCAUCUAUGAUAAAACUUGUUGCGAGAAGGAUGUAAAAGCAGCAGCCAAGAGGCCUGCAAGUGAUCAUUUGGCAGAAACAUCAACUGGGGGGCCCAUCUUGUUCAAAUCGGAGAAUGCGUUUUAUAUACGAACUUUGAAGUCCUAUAAUCUAUACGGCAUGUUGAUUCUGAAGGAUAUAGCCAUAGCUGAAGGACUUAUGAGCUAUGAAGGCAUUUUGAUCAAAGAGACUAUAACGCUUCAAGAUCAAACGGGGAGAUCAUGCCUUACUCACCUUUAUCUCAAGCCAGAUGGUCGUUUGAUGAUGACAGAAGGAUGGACAACAUGUCGGAAGGCAAACCAGAUUUCACUUGGGGACGACAUUGUUUUUGAGUUUGGGAAGCAAGGUGUGAUACUAGUUCAUAUUUUGAGAGGAAAAGGCAAUAUAAUAGCUCUUCCGUGGUUCUUUCAGGCUCGCAGCCCGGGAAGUCAAAAACCUAAAGCCAGUUAGUUGACUCGACUGCAAUUUUUCACAUGCAAACAUCUACAACUUGCCACUCAUCUAGCUGUUCUGUUAAGUUUGGUUGUAUUUGUGAUUUCAAGUUCAUAAUAUUAUAAAUCCAGAACUGUCAAACGGAGAUAUUGUCAGGGGAAGAGAAAACAAACGAGUUUCGUGAAAUCUGAGCACGAUGGAGAUUAUUUAUGAUGUAACUAAUGCCAGGGGCACUGCUAAUGGUAAAUCAUACUACAAUUA